CUGUUCAGAUUUAGAAGGUGAUGUCGCACCCUUUUAUAAGUUUGACAGUAAUGAAACUGACCCAGACAAGGCACACAAGUAUGUUGUAUUUGAACAAUCUUUGUUUGAACUUCUUGAUAUAUGUCCUGUCUGCAGGAGGAGAAACUUGCAACACAUCAAGACAACAGUUGGAACUUGUGUUUGUAUAACAAGUAGUUGUGCCUGUGGAUUUCUCCGAAAAUGGAGGAGCCAGCCAUUUUCAAAUUCAAUGCCCUGGGGAAACUUGGUGAUAGCUUGUGGAAUAUUUUGUAGUGGGAACAGCCCUGUGAAAACAUUUAAUUUCAUGAGCCAUUCAGGUAUUUUAGGUCUAAGUCUAACAGCAUAUAAUAAACUCCAAAGGGCCUACAUCGUACCUACCACAUUAUUAUGCUGGCAAUUCCAACAGUCUGUGUAUCUAAAUGAUAAAAGGAAUAGUGGUAGGUCCUUGAAACUAGGUGGUGAUGCCAGAUGCAGUUCCCCGGGACACACUGCGAAAUAUGGAAGCUACACAUUUAUGGAUGUGGAAACUGCCAAAGUGGUUGAUAUUCAGCUUGUUCAGUCAAAUGAAGUGAAAAAUUCCAAUGCUAUGGAACUUGAAGGACUGAAGCGCUGCUUCCAAUUCUUGAAGGAUGAGGGCAUCCCUGUUUCAGAUUUGGUGACCGACAGACAUUGUCAAGUGAAGAAAUUGAUGAAAUGUGAACAUCCAGAUGUAAACCAUUGGUUUGAUGUUUGGCAUGUUGCAAAAGGUGUGUACAAGAAGCUAGAAGCUCUGGGGAAGUCAAAAAAAUAUGCAGUAGCUGGAGAAUGGGCCAGAUCCAUCAGUAAUCAUGUUUACUGGUGUGCUGCCAGCAGUGGAGGUAAUGAAGAGCUUGUACGGCAGAAAUGGACAAGUAUCCUUAACCAUGUAGCAAACAUUCAUGAGGGCCAUGGGGAUCUUUUCCACUCCUGUGAACACGGGAGCAUCUCAAGAAAGUGGAUCAAACCAGGUUAUUAUAAGAUAUGUCUGUCUGAAUUUAGAGAUAAAUUAGAAUUUCAAGCUGGGGAUCAAGAGUUCAAUAAAUUAUUUAUAAAAAGUUUAUUAUACUUUUCAGCAUGACAUU